AUGCAGGAAUCAGAGCCUACAGUGUGCCAGCUGCAGCCCAACAUCAUCUCAGUGCGUCUUUUCAAGAGGAAGGUUGGUGGUCUGGGCUUUCUGGUGAAGCAGAGGGUGUCCAAGCCGCCCGUCAUUGUGUCAGACCUCAUCCGUGGAGGCGCAGCCGAGGAAUGUGGCCUGGUGCAGGUUGGAGACAUUGUCUUGGCCGUCAACAACAAGCCCCUGGUGGACCUGUCCUACGAAAGAGCCCUUGAGACGCUGAAGAACGUGUCACCUGAGAGCCACGCCGUGCUCAUCCUCCGUGGGCCGGAGGGCUUCACUACCCACCUGGAGACCACCCUGUCUGGAGAUGGCCGCCAACGCACAGUGCGGGUCACACGGCCCGCUUUCCCACCCUCAAAGUCCUAUGAGCACUGCUCCCCGCUCAGCCCAUUUAGCCAUGGGCAGCAGCAGCAGGUCAACAAGGAGCCCCAGCUCAGGGCCAUUGAGAACCUGUCUUCUCCUUCCAUCACCCAGUCCCUCCUGCAGAGGGGAGGCAUGCAGGCCCAGGACCCCCUACUGAUGCGGGACGGAGGCCGAGGAGCUCUCCUGUGUAAUGGUCUCGAGGAGAACAAUGAGCUGCUGAAGGAGAUCGAACCAGUGCUGCGCCUCAUCAAAAACAGCAAAAAGGAAAUCAAUGGAGAAGGCCAGAGGAAUGCGGGAAGAAGGGAUGCUGAGAUUCAAGUGGCCUGGGACCUUGGCGUGGGAAAUGGCACGUCACCCCAGCUGCCAUCAGAUAAUGACAGCACGCUGGAAAACAUGCCGCUUGGCCUCCACAACGCUGACGCUUACAAGCCUCCAGCCAAGGGCAAGACCUCACCUACCAAGUCACUGCAGAAUGGAAGCCCCUCCAAAUGCCCCCGCUUCAUAAAGAUCAAGAACUGGGAGACUGGCACUGUCUACAGCGAUGUACUCCACCACAGCUCCAGCAAGAUGCCAAUCUGCACCGAAAAUGUAUGCAUUGGCUCUGUGAUGGUGCCCAACCAGCAUGCCCGCAAGCCAGACGAGGUCAGAACCAAAGAGGAGCUUCUUCCACUGGCCACUGACUUCAUAGACCAGUACUACACCUCCAUCAGAAGGUAUGGCUCUAAAGCCCAUGUGGACAGACUGGAGGAGGUGACCAAGGAGAUUGAAGCUUCAGGGACUUACCAGCUGAAAGACACAGAACUGAUUUAUGGAGCCAAGCAUGCCUGGAGGAACGCCGCCCGAUGUGUAGGAAGGAUCCAGUGGUCCAAACUACAGGUUUUUGAUGCUAGAGACUGCACAACAGCUCAUGGAAUGUACAACUACAUAUGUAACCACAUCAAGUACGCCACCAACAAAGGAAACCUGAGGUCAGCCAUUACCAUCUUUCCUCCGAGGACAGAUGGCAAACAUGACUUUCGAGUGUGGAACAUUCAGCUGAUUCGUUAUGCAGGCUACAAACAGCCUGAUGGACAGAUCCUGGGAGACCCUGCUAAUGUCGAGUUUACUGAGAUUUGCAUGCAGCUGGGGUGGAAGGCUCCGAAGGGUCGUUUUGAUGUCCUGCCCCUCCUGCUGCAAGCCAACGGAAAUGACCCUGAGCUGUUUGAGAUCCCUGAAGACCUCAUCCUGGAAGUACCGAUCACACACCCAAAGUAUGAGUGGUUCAAGGACCUGGACCUGAAGUGGUACGGUCUCCCCGCGGUUUCCAACAUGCUGCUGGAGAUCGGUGGCCUGGAGUUCACUGGCUGCCCCUUCAGUGGCUGGUACAUGGGCACCGAGAUUGGCGUGAGGGACUUCUGCGACAGCUCACGCUACAACAUUCUGGAGGAGGUUGCAAACAAGAUGGCCUUAGACACCAGGAAGACCUCCUCCCUAUGGAAAGACCAGGCACUGGUGGAGAUCAACAUUGCUGUUCUCUACAGUUUCCAAAUUUGCAAAGUGACCAUAGUAGACCAUCACUCAGCCACAGAGUCCUUCAUGAAACACAUGGAGAAUGAGUAUCGGGUGAGAGGAGGCUGCCCUGGGGACUGGGUGUGGAUUGUGCCUCCAAUGUCAGGAAGUAUCACACCAGUUUUCCACCAAGAAAUGCUCAACUACCGCCUCACCCCAUCCUUUGAGUACCAGGCUGAUCCUUGGAAUACCCAUGUGUGGAAAGGAGUCAAUGGGACGCCCACAAAGAAAAGAACCAUCGGAUUUAAGAAGCUUGCCAAGGCUGUGAAGUUUUCAGCCAAGCUCAUGGGCCAGGCCAUGGCCAAGAGGGUAAAAGCCACCAUACUGUUUGCCACGGAGACAGGCAAAUCACAAGAUUACGCCAAAACUCUUUGUGAAAUCUUCAAGCACGCUUUUGAUGCAAAGGUCAUGUCCAUGGAUGAGUAUGAUGUGGUGGACCUGGAGCACGAGACACUGGUGCUAGUGGUGACAAGCACAUUCGGCAAUGGUGAUCCACCUGAAAAUGGAGAGAAAUUUGGAGCUGCCUUAAUGGAGAUGCGUCACCCAACAUCCAACACAGAAGAUAGAAAGAGCUACAAGGUCCGUUUCAACAGUGUGUCAUCCUACUCUGACACUCGCAAGUCCUCGAGCGACGAGCCAGAAGCAAAGAUCAACUUUGAGAGCACCGGACCUCUCGCCAAUGUUAGGUUCUCAGUGUUUGGCCUUGGCUCCAGGGCCUACCCACACUUCUGCGCCUUUGCCCACGCUGUGGACACGCUGUUUGAAGAGCUGGGAGGGGAGCGCAUCCUACGCAUGGGAGAAGGAGAUGAGCUGUGUGGCCAGGAGGAGUCUUUCAGAACCUGGGCCAAGAAGGUUUUUAAGGCUGCCUGUGACGUGUUCUGUGUUGGCGAUGAUGUAAACAUCGAGAAGGCCAACGACUCCUUGAUCAGCAACGACCGCAGCUGGAAAAAGAGCAAGUUCCGCUUGACGUACACGGCUGAGGCCCCGGCCCUCACAGAAGCAUUAUAUAGCAUUCAUAAGAAGAAGGUUUAUGGAGCAAAGAUGCUAGAAUCUCAAAACUUACAAAGUCCCAAAUCCAAUCGCUCUACCAUAUUUGUGCGGCUCCACACAAACAACCACGACAGCCUGAGCUACCAGCCCGGCGACCAUCUGGGCAUCUUCUCUGGCAACCACGAGGACCUGGUGACAGCUCUCAUAGAAAAACUGGAGGAUGCUCCACCUGUCAAUCAAAUUGUUAAAAUGGAGUUCCUGGAGGAGAGGAACACUGCCCUGGGUGUCAUCAGUAACUGGAACGAUGACACUCGUAUCCCUCCCUGCACCAUCUACCAGAUCUUCCAGUACUUCCUGGACAUCACCACCCCACCGAGCCCUGUGCUACUGCAGCAGUUUGCUGCUCUGGCAACCAAUGACAAACACAAAAAGAAACUAGAGAUCCUUAGUAAGGGCUUGCAGGAGUAUGAGGAGUGGAAGUGGUACAAUAAUCCCACACUGGUGGAGGUGCUGGAGGAAUUCCCCUCCAUCCAGAUGCCCUCCACUUUGUUGCUCACCCAGCUGCCCCUGCUGCAGCCUCGCUACUACUCCAUCAGCUCCUCCCCAGAGAUGUACCCAGGAGAGAUCCACCUCACCGUGGCUGUCGUCUCUUACCGUACCAGAGAUGGAGAGGGACCUAUCCACCAUGGAGUGUGUUCAUCGUGGCUCAACAGGAUAGAGAAGGGGGAGAUGGUGCCAUGUUUUGUCCGAGGUGCACCAUCAUUCCAGCUUCCCAAAAACCCCCAUGCACCUUGUAUCCUGGUGGGUCCAGGUACUGGUAUCGCCCCAUUCAGAAGCUUCUGGCAAAAGAGACAAUAUGACCUUGAACACAAAGGAAUUGAGUCAUGGCCCAUGAUCCUGGUGUUUGGCUGUCGGCAGUCUGAGAUGGACCACAUCUACAAGGAGGAGACCAUCCAGGCCAAGAACAAACAAGUGUUCAAGGAACUCUACACGGCCUAUUCCCGAGAACCUGGCAAACCAAAGAAAUAUGUACAGGAUGUACUGCGUGAGCAGCUGUCAGAGAUGGUGUACCAGUGCCUGAGAGAGGAGGGAGGACACAUCUACGUGUGUGGGGACGUUACAAUGGCCGGAGAUGUUCUCAAGACCAUCCAGCAUAUUAUCAAGCAGCAGGGCAACAUGAGUCUGGAGGAUGCUGGCUUCUUCAUCAGCAAGCUUCGGGAUGAGCAUCGCUAUCAUGAGGACAUCUUUGGUGUCACCCUGCGCACCUAUGAGGUCACCAACCGGCUUCGUUCAGAGUCCAUCGCCUACAUUGAGGAGAGCAAAAAGGACUCAGAUGAGUAA